AUGCCACCCUGGGCCACGGGCUUCACUCCCGCCACCGCCCCGCCGGCCCGGGCCCCUCCCGCCGCGCCCCCCCCCCCCGCCCCUCCCGCCGGCGCCCCUCCCGUCGCCACCGCCCCCUCCCUGGCGCCCGGCGCCCCUCCCCCCGGCGCCCCUCCCCCCGGCGCCCCUCCCGUCGCCACCGCCCCCUCCCUGGCGCCCCCCCCGCCCCUCCCCCCGGCGCCCCUCCCCCCGGCGCCCCUCCCCCCGGCGCCCCUCCCCCCGGCGCCCCUCCCGUCGCCACCGCCCCCUCCCUGGCGCCCCUCCCACCGCCACAGCUCCUCUCGCCGGCGCCCCUCCCACCGGCGUCCCCCCCACGGGCGCCCCGCCCACCGGCGCCCCUCCCACCACGCCCCUCCCCGUCGCCCCUCCCACCGGCGUCCCUCCACCAGGAGGCCCUCCGAGCUCAACGCCAAGGCCAAGACAAGCAACCGGCUAAACUCGGCCAGAGGCAGCCCCUUUCGUGAAAAAAUGCUGUUUGGAUUUUAUUCAUCGACAUUUUAG